GCCGCCAUGUUGGAUGGCGCGUGUGGGCGGCGGGUGUCGAAGGCGGCGGCGGCGGCCGCCGGAGCCCGGAGCCCAGCAACGCCCGCCGGCAGCAGGCCAAGCUCCCCGGCUCCUUUCAUACCGUUGAUGAGGAGAGGAAAUGACUGUAUCGGACCUCGCUGCCCGUCGGUUGUUCUCACUCCAUCGUCCUGCCCGAGGGACCUGCAGGGGGGGAACCGUUGGCCUGGCGGCCGAUCCCUGAGGACUUUGGGGAGAGAUCUGCCUUGACGGAGCAGGCGGCAAAAAUGACAACUUCGUCGAUCAGGCGGCAGAUGAAGAACAUUGUGAACAAUUAUUCGGAGGCCGAAAUUAAGGUCCGGGAAGCGACUUCCAACGACCCCUGGGGCCCCUCCAGCUCCUUAAUGACCGAGAUUGCAGACCUGACGUACAACGUGGUGGCCUUCUCGGAAAUCAUGAGCAUGAUCUGGAAGCGGCUGAACGACCACGGCAAGAACUGGAGGCACGUCUACAAGGCUCUGACCCUGCUGGAUUACCUGAUCAAGACCGGGUCGGAGCGGGUGGCCCAGCAGUGCAAGGAGAACAUCUUUGCCAUCCAGACGUUGAAGGACUUCCAGUACGUGGAUCGGGACGGGAAGGACCAGGGCAUCAACGUGCGCGAGAAGUCCAAGCAGUUGGUCUCCCUGCUGAAGGACGACGAGCGUCUCAAGGCCGAGAGGGCCCAGGCCCUGAAGACCAAAGAACGAAUGGCUCAGGUGGCCACCGGGGUGGGGAGCAACCAGAUCUCCUUCGGUCGAGGGUCCAGCCAGCCCAAUCUGUCCACCAGCUACUCCGAGCAAGAGUACGGGAAAUCGGGAGGCUCCCCAGCUUCCUACCAUGGGUCUACUUCACCAAGAGUGUCUUCGGAACUGGAGCAGGCCCGGCCUCAGACCAGCGGGGAAGAGGAACUGCAGCUGCAGCUGGCUUUGGCCAUGAGCAGAGAAGUGGCAGAACAGGAAGAGCGCCUGCGCCGCGGCGAUGAUUUGAGGUUGCAGAUGGCGUUGGAAGAAAGUCGCAGAGAUACUGUCAAAUUUCCCAAAAAGAAGGAGCACGCAGCGUUGCUGGACCUCAUGGACGCGCUGCCUUCUUCCGCCGCCACCCCGGCCCCCAAGGGAGAGUCUUGGAAGCCCCCAGCUGCAAUCAAGAAGGCCGACCCUUGGAGGGCCGCUCCAGCCAGCACCGCCCCCUCCGAUCCCUGGCAAUCGUUCGGUGCCAAACCAGCCACCUCCGUUGAUCCGUGGGGAGCCCCCGCGGCCUCCUCAGCUGCCCAGCCUCUCCCAAAGAGUGCCGAUCCUUGGGCUCCUUCCCAGCCCUCGUCUGUGGCAACCAAGACAGCCGUGGACCCCUGGGGAACAGCACCAGUCAACAAGCCAAUCUCUGCUUCUGGUAGCAAAUCUUUCGACCUCUUCAGCAAUUUGAACGGGACAAUUAAAGACGACUUUUCUGAAUUCGACACCCUUCGGACUACUAAGCAAGGUUCUGCUUUGUCGGCCCAGAACAGUGGGACUACCAGCCCGGACCUCUCGGACUGCCAGCCAGCCGCCUUCUCCUCCUCCUCCUCCUCCUCCUGCAGUAAACAGAGCGCCGCUCGGAAAACGCCCGAGUCUUUCUUGGGCUCCAAUGCUGCUCUGGUGAAUCUGGACUCCUUGGUAUCCAAGCCCCUCCAGCCAGCACCGUCCCUCAACCCUUUCUUGGCUCCAGGAUCGUCGUCAGCGUCGUCGGCUUCUCCUUCUCCAGCCACAGUCAACCCCUUCCAAGUGAACCAGCCGCAGCCCCUCACUCUCAAUCAGAUGCGGGCCAGCCCCGUCCUCGGAGGCAGCCUGUCCUUCAACGCGGCGCUGGGGCCGGAACUGGGGGCCCUUCCUUCUGUGGCUCCCGUGGUCCUGGCCCCCCUGCCAGCUGCGGGCCCGGUGGCCCCUCUAACCCAGAUGGGCCCGGGCGUGAGCAGCGUGGGCGCGAUGGGGUCCGUGGCACAGCCUCUCCGCCACCCGGGGAUGCCCGCCUCGGUCUCUCAGCCGGCCAACGCCACCAACCCUUUCCUCCUCUGAAGGAAGGCCGGAGUGCGGAGCCCCCCUGGGAAAGGCGGGCAGGACCUCCUCUGAGGCUGGCUUGGGCUGAACCGCCAGUGCCGGAGACCGGGGCGGCUAGCCUGGCGGGCUGCUGUAUGUAGCCGCCUUCGGCGGGGACUCCCGGUGCCCUCGGCCAUUCGCCCAGCCUGCCCUUUGGCCGCAGGUGGUACUUCUCGCUCGGGUUCUCGGCAGCCUUGCAGCAGAAACGCUUCGCCGUUUGUCACCAGAGUCAGUUUCUGCUCCCUCCUUUUCGUUACUCAUUUCAAGGUAAUAGGAAGAGUUUGCCACCUCAAAGAGCCCCCCCUCCCUGUGUUGUUUUGUAGGACCAUGAGCCGCACCCGGAAGUGCCGCAGCCCGAGCCAGCCCCGACCCCGUGCUUGCAAACACCCGUUCGAGACUCAGAGAGUGCCAGUGAACAUGUGUGCACAUAACCACACGCUCUUCUUCUAGACUGUUUGGUUCACCCAGAGUCCUUACCAGUCUUGGCGAAAGAGGCACCUGGCCUUUGUUUUCUCUAUACAUCCUUGCACACUAAAAUGUCCAGCAAAACUGUGCCUCCCUUUCCUCCCCCCCCUCCCCUCUGAGAAUCAGGUGGGGAGGGCCGGGCGAGCUCGUCUGCGGGAGGAGAACCGAAGCAAGCUCUGUGAAGUCCCGCAAAGUUUUUGUGAAACCCCGCAAGUGUGCUGUUUUGUAUGCAGUGUUGAAUUUCUACACUUAACCACGGACGGCCCGUGGCUUCCCUCGGAAGGGCUGGCAGGCUGCCCUGGUGUUCAGGGCUGGCUUUGGCUCCGUGCUUUCUGAUGGUGGCUUCAUUUGGGAAUUAGUUACACGUGCCCUUUUAAUUUGACUUGCAAUGCAAGGCUUUAAAAAAGGCAUAGGGUGGGGGAUACCGAGGUAAUACUGGGGUAAUACUCGGGAACUGAUCUGGGGGUGACCUUUUGUUAUUAUGCAGUAAUCCUUGUAUACUUUUGCACUUUUAAGGACAGGGCCGUUUUGGAUUUGAGUUCGCCAGGUGAGCGUUCCGUUUUCACUCUUGCUAAUUUUUAUAAUGUUCUUAUUUAACAGUCGAUAGUUUUGAUAGAUUUAUCAGGUUUAGUGGAAAAAUUAAGAUACCAUCUUUCUUUUCCAGUUCUCUUCUUCUUUUUUUGAUUUAAUGUUUCUUAUUUAUAUAUAAAUAUUUUAGCUCUUGGUUUUCAUGAAGAGAAUUUUAAAGGGAAUAUCGACAAACCCACCUACUUUUGAACAAAGACAUUUGUAUUGGGGGGGGGUGAAUAGAAUAGCUCCUGUAACAUGAAUUUUGAGAGGAAUAUGGCUAAGGUGACAUUUAAAAAGGAAAACACUACAGUUGCCUUUCAGUUUCCCCGUUUUAUGACUCCAUCUCUCCACUUCAUGU